GAGGUAAUUUUAAGCCUUGUGUAAGCCUGCUUAAAAGAAGUAGUGAAGCCUGUAUUACCCUGAUUUUCAUAAUUUAUUUUGUUUCCUAGUUUUUACCUGUAUAUAUAGCUGAAGUUCUUGAGUCCUGAAUUCUCCUCUAAGACCAUCAACCAGACUCCGAAACGCGAAACACAGAAAGUGAGCUUGCAGCUGUACCACCAAUUCUACACAACGAUGACCCCCUCCCUGGCUGAACUGUCUGAGAACUACUGGAAGCAUGGCUUUCUAACAGGAGUGCCAGUGCUAGGCCCAGAAGAGCUGGAAAGAGCUACAGAGGGCUUCAGUAGACUGGAGAGGGAGUUCGGUUUGGAGUAUGCCCAGUACAGUCUUCAUAACGUGCACUUGAAGUACCGCUGGGUGAUGUCUCUGGCCACCCAUCCCAAGGUGCUGGAGCUAAUCAAGGGGAUCCUGGGACCAAACGUCAUCCUCCUUGAUUCACGCUUCAUCUGCAAAUACCCGAUCAAACAGAAGAGCCCCUCAGCUGACUGUGAAAGUCAGAAGCCUGUGCUUCCCUAUGUUGCCUGGCACCAGGACAUCAGGUACUGGGGUUUUGAGGGGGGUUCAGUGGCUUCGGUGUGGCUGGCCCUGGACGACGUAGACAGAGAGAAUGGAGUCCUGCAGGUCAUCCCAGGAAGUCACCGUCAAGGUCUCCUCCCCCACAUCACCUCACCCAACCCAGGGAACAUGCUGACAGCCAAUCAGGAGAUCCCAGAACACCUCUUCAACACGAGUGAGGCUGUGGAGUGCCCUCUGCAGAUCGGACAAAUGUCUAUCCACGAUGGUCUGACAGUCCAUGCCAGUGAGCCCAACUUGUCCACUCGGAGGCGCUGUGGGUUCGUUAUCCGCUAUGUGCCAACCUCUGCCUAUCCUGUUCAGGACCCAGAUCGUCCUCGCACCUUUAACGCUACAGUCCUAGUCUCUGGUGUUGAUGAGUACCAUCACUUUCCAAACAAUACCCCCAAUUUUCAGUGAGG